AUGUUUCUCAAAGUUACUUAUCGAUUGGUAAUUUUCUUUUCAAUAUAUUUAUUUUUCUUGGUCGGAUUUGAUCAAGUUAAUGCUCAAGGCGAUGUCAAAGAACGGGCUACAAGUUUUCUUGCUCGUGUAGGUUUAACUAUUCCUCCACAAGGUGUAGAUGAAGACAAAUGGAUAACACUUUGUGAAGUAAAAGCUCGUAUUGCAGAUGCCGGAAUAAAGCCAAAAACGGACACACAAACGUGCACAAAAACGGCAAACGGUGAAAUUUUAGAAACACGCGUCGUUCGACGUGAAGAAUGGCGUUGUUCAUGGUCAACCGAAUCAUAUGCUUCUGGUACUUUACUUAAUUAUCAAAAUACAAUUAUCAAUCAGUAUGAUUCCGCUAUAAAAAUAGCUGCAGAAGCUGGAGAUAAGGCAGCAGUUGAUUAUAUGGAAUCGAUGAAACGACAACAUAAUGAAAAUCUCCAAGUGGCUACUAACCGAGAUGCAGCCAAGCUAACAGCAACAGCUACCAGUGCAGGUUGGUGGAAGUCAGGCGCUAACUGUGAUCUAGUACUUGAAGGUCGUGUGCGCCGCUUGAUCUAG